AUGCCGUGGUUCCCGGUGAAGAAGAUCCGCAAGCAAAUCAAGCUGCUGCUGCUGCUGCUGCUGCUCACCUGUGCCGCGUGGCUCACCUACGUGCACCUGAGCCUGGUGCGCCAGGGCCGCGCGCUGCGCCAGCGGCUGGGCUACGGGCGAGAGAGCGAGAAGCUGGCUGGGGUGACUGACGGCCGAGGGGUCCAGGCUGCACUGUCCACGAAGAGGGCUGAGGACUCCAGUGAGAGCCGAGAGGAAGAGCAGACGGCAGGUCAGGACCCAAACAUGCUCUUUCCUGGGGGAGCUGGGAGGCCACCCCCCCUGAACCUCACUCGUCAGACACCCCCAUGGCGGGAGGAGUACAAGGGACAGGUGAACCUGCACGUGUUUGAGGACUGGUGUGGCGGGGCCGUGGGCCACCUGAGAAGGAACUUGCACUUCCCACUUUUCCCCCACACUCGCACCACCGUGAAGAAGUUGGCUGUGUCCCCCAAGUGGAAGAAUUAUGGACUUCGGAUUUUCGGCUUCAUCCACCCGACCAGAGAUGGAGACGUCCAGUUCUCUGUGGCCUCAGACGACAACUCCGAGUUCUGGCUGAGCCCCGACGAGAGCCCAGCAGGCGCCCAGCUCUUGGCCUUUGUGGGCAAGACUGGCUCAGAGUGGACAGCACCUGGAGAAUUCACCAAGUUCAGCUCCCAGGUGUCCAAGCCCAGGCGGCUCGUGGCCUCCCGGAAGUACUACUUUGAGCUGCUGCACAAGCAGGACGACCAAGGCUCGGACCACGUGGAAGUGGGUUGGCGUGCUUUCCUGCCUGGCCUGAAGUUUGAAGUCAUCGACUCUACCCACAUCUCCCUCUAUACAGAUGAGUCAGCCCUGAAGAUGGACCAUGUGGCCCACGUUCCCCAAUCUCCUGCCAGCCACGUGGGGGAACAUCAGCAGGAGGAGCCCAGCGCUGACAUGCUGCGUCCUGACCCCAGGGACACAUUUUUCCUCACUCCUAGGAUGGAGCCUGCAAGACUGGAGAACGUGCUGGAGCCCUGCACCUACGCCCCCACCUACGUCGUCAAGGACUUUCCCAUAGCGAGAUACCAGGGGCUGCAAUUUGUGUACCUGUCCUUUGUGUAUCCCAAUGACUACACUCGCCUGACGCACAUGGAGACAGACAACAAGUGCUUCUACCGGGAGUCGCCCUUGUACCUGGAAAGGUUCGGGUUCUACAAAUACAUGAAAAUGGACAAGGAGGAGGGGGACGAAGAGGAGGGGGAAGAUGUGCAGCGCCGAGCCUUCCUCUUCCUCAACCCAGAUGACUUCCUGGACGACGAGGACGAGCUGCUCGACAGUCUGGAGCCCUCUGAAGCGGCCAGGCCGCAGAGCCGGCGCCCCUCCCAGGCCACCCCUACCACGGCUGCGGCCACCCCCUGGCCUCCCACUCCCCCCGAGCUCCGGGACUCCGGGACCCCACGGCAUUCGCGGGCGCUGAGCUGGGCUGCCCGGGCGCCUCCCCGUCCACUAUUCCUGGGCCGCGCUCCACGCCCACGCGCUGAGGCCCGACCGCUGCCCCCCAAGGUGUACGUGACUAGGGUACAGCCAGGAAAGCAAGCGCUGUCCCGGGCCCCGGCGCCACUCAGACCCCGUGGCCAGCCCUGGGCCCCCUUUCCUGGUGUCUUCCUCCGCCCUAGGCCUUUGCCUAGGGUGCAGUUGCGGGCGCCCCCACGGCCCCCUCGGCCCCAUGGUCGCAGGACCGGUGUCCCCCUGGCCCGGGUGCAGGCCAUCCAGGCCACCCGGGGGGACCAGGCACACACGCCGGGACUCGUGGUGCCCACACCAGGCUCGAAUUCAUCGUCUGAGGUGCGGCCCGUGACCUCCUUCCUGAGCUUGUCCCAGGUGUCCAGGCCCCAGCUGCCCGGGGAGGGCGAAGAGGAGGAGGAAGAAGGGGAGGAAGAUGGGGCCCCCGGUGAGGAGGCCAUAUCGGAGGACAGCGAGGAAGCAGCCGACCCCGGGGAGCGCCAUGGCCGCUGGCAGGAGGACGCCAUUGACUGGCAGCGCACAUUCAGCGUGGGUGCGGUGGACUUUGAGCUACUGCGCUCAGACUGGAACGACCUACGCUGUAACGUGUCAGGGAACCUGCAGCUGGCCGAGGCUGAGGCGGUGGACGUGGUGGCGCAGUACAUGGAGCGGCUCAACACACAGCAUGGCGGGCGCUUCGCGCUUCUGCGCAUUGUGAACGUGGAGAAGCGCCGCGACUCCGCGCGCGGGAGUCGCUUCCUGCUGGAGUUGGAGCUGCAGGAACGCGGAGGCAGCCGCUUGCGCCUGUCUGAGUACGUCUUCCUGCGGCUGCCCGGGGCCCAUGCCGGGGACUCGGACGGGGAUGCAGGGAGCCCCGAGCCCGUGCCCGCCUCCCCGCGUCUCGACAGCCGCCCGGAGCUCUGCCGGCCGCUGCGUCUGGCCUGGCGCCAGGACGUGAUGGUGCACUUCAUCGUACCAGUGAAGAACCAGGCACGCUGGGUGGUGCAGUUCCUGGCGGACAUGGCCGCGCUUCACGCCCGCACCGGGGACUCGCGCUUCAGCGUCGUCCUGGUGGACUUCGAGAGCAAGGACAUGGACGUGGAGCAGGCCCUGCGCACAGCGCGGCUGCCCCGGUACCAGUACCUGAGGCGAACUGGGAACUUCGAGCGCUCGGCAGGGCUGCAGGCCGGAGUGGACGCUGUGGAGGACGCCAGCAGCAUCGUCUUCCUCUGUGACCUGCACAUCCACUUCCCCCCUAACAUCCUGGACAGCAUCCGCAAGCACUGCGUGGAGGGCAAGCUGGCCUUUGCACCAGUGGUCAUGCGCCUGCGCUGCGGAAGCUCACCGGGGGACCCCCACGGCUACUGGGAGGUGAAUGGCUUUGGCCUCUUUGGGAUCUACAAGACCGACUUUGAGCGCGUCGGGGGCAUGAACACUGAGGAGUUCCGUGACCAGUGGGGGGGCGAGGACUGGGAGCUGCUGGACAGGGUCCUGCAGGCAGGGCUGGAGGUGGAGCGGCUCCGUCUUCGGAACUUUUUCCACCACUACCACUCCAAGCGGGGGAUGUGGGAUACACGGAGUCGGAAGGGCUCCCGAACAGAGUGACCUUGAAGACUGGCUGAGGGACCCUCCCAGCUCCCUGCCAG